CAAUGUUUGCUUUUUAGUUAUGGCAAAAAGAAAAGAAGGCCGUUUUUCAACACCAGUAUCCCGCAAAAGAGCUAGGCAAGAUUUCCUUGAUAGCUCUGAUGAAGAAGACCUUAGUGAAGAAUGCUCACAGCUAAUGAAUGACUUUAAUUCCGAUUCGCAGUUGGUCACAGGGGACGUUGGGAUAAUUGAAAGUAUUCAGCUGAAGAACUUUAUGUGCCACUCCAUGUUGGGACCAUUCAAGUUUGGAUCUAAUGUCAAUUUUGUGGUUGGAAACAAUGGAAGUGGGAAAAGUGCUGUACUAACUGCCCUGAUUGUAGGCCUUGGGGGAAAAGCCACAGUGACAAACCGAGGAUCGUCCUUGAAAGUAUUUGUGAAAGAUGGACAGAGUUCUGCAGAUGUUUCAGUCACUCUACGAAAUCGAGGUGAAGAUGCAUUUAAACCAGAGCAAUAUGGUGACAGUAUUACUAUAAACCAGCACAUAACCUCGGAGGGACAUCGUAGUUAUAAGCUGAAAAGCAAUACAGGAGUCUUAAUUUCUUCCAAGAAAGAAGAACUUACUGCAAUCCUGGAUCACUUUAAUAUCCAGGUAGAUAAUCCUGUCUCUGUACUCACCCAGGAAAUGAGCAAACAGUUUUUACAGUCUAAAAAUGAAGGUGAUAAAUACAAGUUUUUUAUGAAAGCAACUCAACUGGAGCAGAUGAAAGAAGAUUAUUCAUACAUCAUGGAAACUAAACAAAGAACAGCUGAUCAAAUUGAACAAGGAGGAGAGUUUCUUGAAGAACUGAGAAUGCAAUAUUUGGAGAAGGAGGAACGUUACAGAAGUAUUGCUGCUUUGAGCGAAAUGCAGAAUGACCUGCAGGAAUUGCAGCGUCAAAUAGCUUGGGCAAUGGUACGAGACACUGAAAAAGAAAUAAAAGCAAUCAGAGUGGAGGUUACUGCCCAAGAAGCGAAAACUGAUAAAUUCACUGACCGAGUGAAAGAAUGGCAGAAUAAAGUUGAUGCAGCAGAAGUUAAACACAGAACUAGGCAAGAUGAACUAGAGAAGAUAACCGAAGAAGCUCAAACUCUAGAACCAUCGUGUAUUGCUUUGAAAAAAGAAGUGGACUCAAAAAGAAAAGGAUACAACAAUGCAGAGGCAGCACAUAAUAGGUCUCAAGCUGAAUUGAAGCGUUUGUUAAAAGAUCAUGAACAACUGAACAAAAAAAUUGAAGAACUAAAAAAUAGUACUGAACAGAUGACAGCGCCUGAUAAAAUGGAAAAACAAAAAACAAUAGACAGCUUGAAAGAAAAGCUGAAGACAUUACAGAAUCAAGAUGAAUCUCUUGGUCAGCAGAUAACACAGUUUCAACAGGCUCUACGUUCAUACGAUGAAGAUUUUACUCGACUUAGACAGGAAGAAAGUGAAAUGAAAAAAAAGCUAGACUCUCAACAGCAACAGCUUAGACAAUUAAAGGAGAGUAAAACCAAUCGCAUGAAAAGAUUUGGAUCCUAUAUGCCAGACCUUUGUGAAGCAAUUGAUGCGGCUCAUGCUCAAGGGCAGUUUACAUACAAACCAGUAGGACCAUUAGGUGCUUUUAUUCAUCUGAAAGAUCCUGAACUAACUUUGGCUGUUGAAGCAUGCUUAAAACACCUGCUGCUUGCAUUUUGUUGUGACAAUCAUAAAGAUGAAAGAGCGUUGCAGGCAUUGAUGUCCAAAUACUGUCAAGCUGGUUUUCGACCUGCAAUUAUUGUUAUUCGUUUUCAGAACAGUGUUUAUGAUGUAAAGUCAAAGGCUGUUUUCCACCCUAACUUCCCAACAGUUUUGACGGCAUUAGACAUUGACAACGCAGUAGUAGCCAAUUGCUUAAUUGACAUGAGGGGUAUAGAGACUGUUCUGCUGAUUAAAAGUAAUUAUGAAGCUCGAAGAGUUAUGCAGCACAACAAGCCUCCUAAAUAUUGUAGGGAAGCUUUUACUGCUGAGGGUGAUCAGGUGUUUGAGGAAAGAUACUACUCUUCUGAAAAUAAAGGGCCUAGGUUUCUCAGCAGAGAUGUAGAAGCAGACAUAAGCAAUUUGGAGAGAGAAGUUGAGAACCGAAAAACCCAUCUCUCGACAAUACAACAACGAAUACGUUCUAUUGAAAUGAACAUUAAACAGAACAAACGCCAUCUGACUGAUCACCAUCAGCACAAAAAAGAGUUGCAGAUAACAAUGAGAAAAACAAACUUAGAAAUUACAGACCUUGAAAAUGUAGAAGAAUCAGUGGUCAUCUCUACAUUAGAAGAAGAAAUUCAUGAUAAUCAACAGAAGAUAGAAACGGUUAAGGAACGAAUACAUAAGCAGAAGAGGGAACUAGAGGAACUGAAAUGCCGUUUGCAAGAAGAAGAACAAAAAUGUGCAGCCAUCAAAGAGAAAAUUAAUCAAGUACAAGACGAAGUAGCUACAAUCAAGGAUGGAUUACAUCAGGCAGAGGAUGAACUGGAGAGAAGUAAAAACAAUCUAAAACAUUACGAAGAAAAAGAAAGGCUCCAUUUGGAAUCCAUAAAAGCAUUUAAACAUAAUGUAGCUACAAAAGAGGGAGAAUUAGAGGAAAUGAUUGCAAAGGCUUCAAAGAUCCAUCCAGAGCGAAUAGAAGUAACUAGGACUUAUAAAAGUCUGGAUACAGAAAUGAAUCGUUUGAGACAAAAAAUAAAUUCAGAAAGAGAACGUACUGGAGAUAGAGAAGAAAUAAUAAGACAACUUCAGGAAGCAAAAGAAAAAUACCAGAGUUCAGAAAGCAAAACCAAAAAUUUGAAGAAAUUCAUUAAACUAUUGGAUGAGAUGAUGGUUCAGAGACAUAAAACAUAUCUGCAUUUUAGAAGGUUUCUUACUAUGCGAUGCAAAAUUUACUUCGAUUCUUUGUUAAAUCAACGGUCGUAUUCUGGAAAAAUAGACUUUGACCACAAGAAUGAAAGACUUUCAAUUACUGUAGUUCUCAACGAACAACCACAGUUGAGCCCAAAAGUGCAACCUGGAAAUGGAAACAAGGCUGCUCUUGAUGAUAUGAAAUCACUCUCUGGAGGCGAACGGUCCUUCUCCACUUGUUGCUUCAUACUCUCCUUGUGGUCCAUUGCUGAAUCUCCUUUCAGAUGCUUGGAUGAAUUUGAUGUAUUUAUGGACAUGGUUAACAGGAGAAUUGCAAUGGACAUGAUGCUGAAGAUGGCAGACUCCCAACGUUAUCGGCAGUUUAUUUUGCUCACUCCUCAGAACAUGAG